AUGGUGCUUCGCAUGCAAAGCCUCACUCCCCCUCGUCGUGUGUCGGUGGACGGCCCAAUCAUCGUCGGCGCCGGUCCCUCCGGGCUGGCCGUGGCGGCCAGCCUCGGCGAGGAGGGCAUGCCAUUCCUCAUGGUGGAGCGCGAGGACUGCAUCGCCUCGCUUUGGCAGAAGCGCACCUACGACCGCGUCAAGCUCCACCUCCCCAAGCACUUCUGCGAGCUCCCUCGCAUGCCCUUCCCGGACCACUACCCGGAGUACCCCACCCGCCGCCAGUUCAUCGACUACCUCGUGGACUACGCCACCAAGUUCGACAUCAAGCCGGAGUUCAACACCACCGUGCUCUCCGCCCAUUAUGACAACACCUCUGGCCUCUGGCACGCGCAAGCCACCAGCGCAAGCGGUGACCAGAUGGAGUACAUCGGCCGCUGGCUCGUGGUCGCCACCGGAGAGAACGCCGUCAACGUUGUCCCAGACAUUCCGGGCCUCGGCGGCUUCUGCGGCGAGGUCUCCCUCGACCUCUGCGACCACGGCGCCCACCCCUUCAUGGUGGUGCGCGACGCCAUGCACGUCAUUCCACGCGAGGUGCUCGGCAAGUCAACUUUCGAGCUGGCAAUGCUGCUCUUGGCGUGGCUCCCGCUCUGGCUCGUGGAUAAGAUCAUGAUCUUCCUCGCCUGGCUCGUCCUCGGCGACCUCGACAAGCUCGGCAUCCACCGGCCGGCUGUCGGCCCGCUCACGCUCAAGCACACUCUCGGCCGCGCCCCGGUGCUCGACACGGGCGCGCUCGCCAGGAUCAGGUGCGGCCAAAUCACCGUCGUCCCCGGCAUCACCCGCUUCACAAACUCCGACGCCGUGCUCUCUGAUGGCACCGUCGUCCAUGUUGAUGCUGUCAUCCUAGCCACCGGCUACAGAAGCAAUGUACCACAGUGGCUCCGGGCAACGGACUUCUUCGGCAAGGAUGGCUACCCCAAGACAGAGUUCCCUAACGGCUGGAAGGGCCAGUUUGGGCUCUACUCCGUCGGCUUCGCACGCCGCGGACUCUCCGGUGCCGCCGCCGAUGCCGUGCACAUCGCCAAGGACCUCUGCCAGGUCUGGAAGGAGUCCAGGCCCACAAAGAAGGCCGGCCGGCCUUGUUACAGGAGGUCUAUCUCCGUCGUCUUGUAA